AUGCUUAGUCGUAACGCCGUACUUACUCGAAAAAUUUACACUCUUCGUCAUUUCCUGCCAAUUGGCUUCAAUACACGCUACACACUCCAUGAAUUCGCCCCAAAGCAAGAAGAGGCUGACACAGAAGAGCUAGAGAUCAUGAAAUCAGAUAGACCGAUUUUUAAAGGGAUUGAAAGAGCUGUGCCAGCAUCCAGUAUUUCACGAGCUUUUAAUUUUGCCAAACUAGGAGGCUCGCUGAUAGGAGGGACGAUAUCCCAGGCGUAUAAAUCUGGCUUUUCUGGGUCACUGAAGCAGCAUGCCCUUUCAGAAAAAAACAUUGAGAUUUUGACUGAAGGGAUGUUAAAAAUGAGAGGGGCUGCUUUAAAAUUAGGGCAAUUUGUUAGCUUCCAAGACACACAAAAACUGCCUCCUACUCUUCUUAGAGCUAUGGAAAGAACCCGCAGAGAAGCUUAUAUUAUGCCGUCAGCACAGCUAGAACGUGUAUUAAAUAAGGAAAUUGGGGAAAACUGGAGAUCGAAAUUUGACGAGUUUAAUAUGGAACCGUUCGCAGCUGCCUCUAUUGGACAGGUUCACACAGGGGUUUAUAAAGGUAAAAAAGUAGCUAUAAAAGUACAGUAUCCAGGAGUUGAUACCAGCAUCAACAGUGACUUAAAUAACUUACACAUGCUCUUUACAUGGACAAAUAUUCUUCCAAAAGGAUUGUAUUUUGACGCAUUAGUAGACCACACACGAGAAGACUUAAUUAAUGAGUGCAAUUAUUCAUUGGAAGCUGAACACCAGCUAAAGUUUAAAGGACUGACUAAGAAUAUAAAAGGGGUCUAUGUACCUGACGUUUUCGAAGAAGUCUCCACAAAGCACAUUCUUGUGUCAGAAUACGUAGACAGCCUUGUAUUUGAAGAUUUCUCACGACAAGCCAGCCAAAAAAGAAGAGACUCCAUUGGGACAAGAAUUAUGGAAGUCACACUCAGGGAAAUUUUCGAUUGGAAAUACAUGCAAACUGACCCUAACCCUGCAAAUUUCCAAUAUGACCCUGAAGAUGAUGAUAAAUAAAAUAUGGCGUCUUCGUCUGGGCAUGGCCUCCGGCCAUGCAUACUCGACUUAUAUUUUAUUUAUAUCCGGCAAGGUUUUACCAAUCCAGAAAUGGACGGCAAUGCUAGGUAAGCAAUUCUGGUAAUGCACAGAGCCUAGCCCUUAGUCUAAUUUCAAGAUUGGGUUUUACCUCAAGGGAAAGGAGGGUUUGGAUUUGGAAAGGGCAAGCCCAGCAAAGUCUGCAGGUAAUCCCCAGACCAAUCGGGCAACUGCCUAGCGUGAAACCGGGCGUUACGUCCCGGGAUUCAGAUUUUCCUUUUUGCCGAAAGGUCGAACAGAAAUUCCAUUUUUUGGGAUUUUUGUAUGGCCAACCUUGUUACACAUGCAGCAGCCGCAGAAGUCCAUAGUCCGCCCACUCAACACUGGGCCGAAAAGGGAGGAGGAGACGUCCAAGCAGAGUCUCACUUCAGAAGUGCCAUGGCAUCAGGCGCUGAAGAAGAAGAAAGGUAGUGUCAGAGCUGAACACUUGCCCAGCGAAUCAUUGCCCCAAUUCGAGCAAGGCGAAGCUGAAGACGGCGCAAAGCGGAUGAAACUGCCCGUACGGGAGAGUCCUUGGUGACUGCGUAACCGAUAUGGCAGACGCCUACCUAUAAGUUUAAGUUUAAGACCCUGUAGAUGAUGAAUUAGACUUACUUGACUUUGGAGCCACAAGGACUUAUUCUGACCAAUUUGUGGAGAAAUAUAAGCAUGUUGUCGUUUCUGGGGUCAAAAAAGACAGGGAAGGAGUUUUGCAUUGGUCAAAUGAGAUUGGGUAUUUCAAAAAUGAUGAGGCUGCGGAACUAUAUGAUGCUCAUGUUAAUGCCUGCUUUGCUGUUGGAGAGCCUUUUUCUACACCUGGGCUUUAUGAUUUUGGAAAUCAAGGGAUAACCCCACAAGUUUAUAAGCAAAUGCCUACAAUGAUGCAGCAUAGAAAAUGCCCUCCACCUCCUGAGACGUACACACUUCAUAGGAAAUUGUCAGGGGUUUAUCUUCUAUGUAUGAAACUUCGUGCAAAAGUCCCAGCACAUGAUUUAUUCAAUAAAAUAGUCCUUAAGCUUUAG